ACUCGUUAACACUGAGCGCACAUCUGGCGCCCCCAUGUGGAGCUGCUCAGUCAUUACACCCUGCUCCGUCGCAGUAAUAGCACGCAGAGUGAUACGUCAUCAACGCCAGACGCACAACUACAAGAAAGCAACAGCAAUAAUGCUCUUCUACUCGUUCUUCAAGUCUCUGGUGGGGAAGGAUGUGGUGGUGGAGCUCAAAAACGACCUGAGCAUCUGCGGAACACUUCAUUCUGUUGACCAGUACCUGAAUAUUAAACUCACAGACAUCAGCGUCACUGAUCCAGAGAAAUAUCCACACAUGCUGUCUGUGAAAAACUGUUUCAUCCGUGGAUCUGUGGUCCGGUACGUUCAGCUGCCUGCAGAUGAAGUGGACACGCAGCUCCUGCAGGACGCUGCACGGAAAGAAGCGAUGCAGCAGAAGCAAUGAUCCACCUGAAGGAUGGGGGGGGGGGGGGGGAGGUUGUGACAGUGAAAAAUGAGUAGUUUUGAGUUAAGUUCAUUUAAAGAUGAUACGGUUUGUGCAGCUCUUGUAAUUAAGCAGCAUUGGUCAUGUUCCUGUACUUUCACAGAGAACUUAAUUGCAUUCCUGACAUUAGAGAUCAAUAAUUUGCAAAACAGUAAUUAUUGAAAUGAUCUUCACCUCACAGGCCAUAGAGGAGGCCUCAUUUGAUACUGUCUUUUGUUUAGUUUAAAAGAAAUCUAACUAAAUUCAAUUUUGAGCCCAUUAGAGGUAAAGAUCUGUUGUUGCUUACCUUUAAACAUUAUUAUGACUUUGUUUUUUGUUUUUUAUGCUACAAAAUAAAAGGCUAUUUUAUUUACUAGUUGAUCAUGUUAUUGUCAUUUAUAGGGAUGUUUUUGUAAUUUUUCAGUUUAAAGUGUUUUUAGAUUUUAACUUUGGCCUUUAAAGUUAUUAUUGGAGAAACUGAAAAGAAAACUUUAUUGCCAUGAAUUGUGAUCAUGGAAGAAAGUAUUUUUUGUAAAUGACCGCAUUUAUGGGAAAUAAAAGCCCAGUCUGCUCUGA